GUCGUUCGUUCAUUUGGAGAGAUUGCCAAGAUCAGGGAGAGUGUUAUAAUUUCUCUCAAUCAGGAGUACUGUGAGCCUGGCCAGUGGCUGGUACUCUCCACUGGAGACGAGGUUGCCAUCAUCCCACCCAUCAGCGGAGGUUAGGUAUUAUGGACUACAUUAAGCUCACCCAGGAUGUCCUGUCUGUGGAGGAGAUCACUGGCCUCAUCACUAAUCCCUCCUGUGGGGCCAUCAGCCUCUUUGUUGGAACUACACGUAACAACUUCCAGGGGAAGAAUGUUGUAAGACUUGAGUAUGAGGCAUACCAUGAAAUGGCAGAAAAGGAGAUGGGUAAACUCAUUAAAGAAGCCAGAAACAAGUGGUCUUUGAAGCACAUAGCACUCUAUCAUAGAUUGGGCCUGGUACCCGUGACCGAGUCCAGUGUUAUUGUGGCUGUAAGUUCAGAACAUCGCCGAGAGUCUUUGGAUGCUGUGUCUUUUCUUAUAGAUAACCUCAAAGCCAAUGUGCCCAUAUGGAAAAAAGAAGUGUAUAGCGAUGGGAGUGAUGACUGGAAGAAGAACAAAGAGUGCGUCUGGGUGAAGGAAGAAGACGGCCAAGACACUGUGGACAAAAUCAUCAAUAACAAUAAAAGAUCUUUGAAUGAUGACAACAGAGACAUAAAUGAACCACCAACAAAGAAGGUUAAAGAAGAACUUGAUCCCGACAGUCAGUCUGAGGUUCCUGUAAACACUGUUAAGUCUUCAGAAGCUGCACCUGAGAAAAAUACAUCAACACAAGAAGAGAAACCACUCACACAGACACCAAGAGCCAAACUUGAUGUGGACCCAAACUUUGUACAGAUUGUUGCAUCAAAGCAAGAGCUUGAUCGACGAAUUGCAGCAUUUCAACAGCGUAAACGUGAAGAACUAGAUGUACUUAACGUACAAGAGUUUUGCGUGUUGUCAGGAGGAGCCUCAUCAAUCAGUUCAUGUGCUCGAACAUCAGCAAUUGUCUUAAGAUCUAAAGGCUCCAACAGUCAUUUAAAAAUGACUCAUGUUGUCAAUGACUGGGGACCUCAGACAUUAGGAUAUGACCCUGGUUCGCUCUCCACCAACAAUAUUCCUACAAAUGAAGGACUGAAACAAGUUUCAGAACAUAGAAACAGUAGCAGCAAUGGCAGCAGCAGGGAAGGCUCAGUAGACCCAGGAUGCUGCUCAGUUAAGGACACUUUUAAUAACUCUAAACAUAAAAGACAAGCUGUGGACACCCAAGAGCCAAAUACCUUACCCAUAGGUGUUGAGGAGCGUUUGCAUAGUCUGGAGGAUCACCUUAAGCUAAUCCCUGGAGCUCCUGUACCUCGAGAUGUUUAUGCCAGGUUAAAAGCUGUGGAGGAUAGAGUGCUUCAUUUGGAGAGCAUCUCACCAGAGUACUUCAGAAAUAAAGAAAUUUUAUUGCCUAUGACGUCAUCGAGGCAGAAAGAAAUUAAAGCAGCUGAAGAUGAUUUAUCUAUUGAGGAAUUAGACAGGAAACUUUAUGAACUCAAGAGGAAGCUCAAACAUAGACAAAUCAGCCAAGUUUUAUAAUAGAAAAUGUAUUUUUCCUCAACACCGAAGAUUAUUUUAUGCUAUCAGCUGAUGAAGACAUCUUGAAUCAAGUUGUUGGUGUAGUGUGAUGUAAAGGACAUUGUUUUGCACUAAUGUAUAACUUCAGGCACUCGUUGAAUUAUUAUUUCCCAUUCCAAAAGAUUCAAUAAAAUACAGUACACUGCAUGAUGAUGGUGCUAUCUGUCUGUAAGCACUGUAAGCAAAGAGUUCCUUCACAAUUCCUUAAUACAAUAAAUGUAUACAGUUUAUGAAACAUUGUGAUUUUGGUUUUAGUCAGAGGAUCAACCAUUUCCUUAAAAGUUUGUUUAUUUUCCCUGCAAGGUUUUCUCCCUAACUUCCAACAACUUAUUAACAUGGGAUUAAUAAUAAAAAAGUUCAAUGA